CAGCACUAUCACAUGAAUCUGGACUGAGCAGUGGAUGUGAAAAAAGUUUGGAGGUCUCGCUGAAAUCACUUUUCUCCAGCUGGUUUCCUGUAUAUCCAUGGCUUUGUUUCCCACUUGAGGAGGCUUUUCAGUUGAAACUUUGCAUCGGGAAUCAGUGUCGCUCGGAGUGUUUUUCCCCGGCUGUGAUUUCUCCAGUUUCUUUCUUUCUUUUUUUUCCCCUGCAGGAAUACAGAGAGAGAGAGAGAGAGGGAGAGAGAGGGAGAGAGAGAGUGAGUGAGAGAGAGGGGGGAAACGGUCUGGCUGCUUGAAGAUUUGUUGCGACACCAAAACUUUGGCGACAUGGACGCGCACCGCGGCGCGCCUCCGGCCGGGCAGCAGAUCGUGCACGUCCGCGGGGACUCGCAGACGGAGCUGGAGGCCCUCUUCAGCGCGGUGAUGAACCCCAAUAAGGCGGCCAGACAGCCGGCCUCUCUGCCCAUGAGGAUGAGGAAACUACCGGACUCCUUCUUCAGGCAGCCGGAUUCCCGAGGCCACUCCAGACAAGCCAGUUCGGAUGGAGGUGUGUGCGGCUCCCUCACUCCUCAUCACGUCCGCGCCCAUUCCUCCCCUGCCUCCCUCCCAGUCAACUCUCUCUCCACUCAAGCAGCCGAUGUAGCAGCAACAACGAUCAUACCUGACGACGUGCCACUCCCCAUAGGUUGGGAAAUGGCCAAAACGCCUACUGGCCAGCGUUACUUCCUCAAUCACCUGGAUAAGACAACUACUUGGCACGACCCCCGACUUUCACAGCUUCAGUCGGCUGCAGCUCAGCAUCCUAUCUCUGGCACUCCGGUCCACGCCCACUCUCUCAGCAACCCAGCACCCACUACGCAACCACAAAACAUCAAUCCAGAGACAGGUCCACUGCCUGAAGGCUGGGAGCAGGCUGUGACUGCAGAUGGAGAGGUGUACUACAUCGAUCACAUAAAUAAGACCACCGCAUGGGUCGACCCGCGUCUAGCCCAGAAGAUGAACCCCGGCAUCCUUGGAUUGGCACUGCAGCAAAGGCAGGAAAAGGAAAGGCUCAGAUGCAAACAACAAGGCCUUCCUCAGCAAAUCACACCACAGGAGGCAGGAGGUAGGAACCAGAUGCCCGGUGGGAUGGACCAUGACAGGAACGCACAGACGCUUGUCCCUUCUCUGGAUGUCAGGAUCAGAGGUUCAAACCAUGAACCCACACUUAAUGGUUUUCAUGAAGAAUAUUUCUCUGACAGAAGCGCUCACUCUCGCAACGAGAGCACCGACAGUGGUCUGAGCGUCAGCAGCUUACCCCGCACAUCGGACCACAUGUUGAGCUCUGUGGAUCAUAUGGACACUGGCGACUCUGGCGAGACCUCCUCGAUGACUUUACAGGAGUCGAUGCCUGUGCUGCCGAUGUCUGAGGGCGAGGAGCUAAUGCCCUGCAUCCCCGAGGGUCUCAGUUCAGACCUUCUGAUGGACAUGGAGACCGUUCUCUCUGGGUCGCACAUGGACAGAGACAGCCUGCUCACCUGGCUAUAGACACAACCGGCCACCGCCCCCCAAAUGUGGUUUAACGUCAAAUCUUCAUAACGUGACUGAGAAUUCUGGAGAAUCGAAAGUGGUACAAAACAACAUUGCUGAGAGAAUAUGCUACUGUUGUGUGAUGGAUACCUAACACUACUCGCACCCUGAGGAAUGAAAAAACCCUGACUCUCACAGAGGGUGGUAAGCUGCUGGUAUUCUCCUCUUUUUUUGGGCCUGGUUUUACACAGAUGCAUGACGGAGCAUCCAUGUUUUAGAGACACUCCUUUCUUUUUAGUCAUCAGCCUCAGAUGAUGCUCCCCCCACGUCUCUGGUAAAGUGCGUCACAGCUAAUUUUAGAGUACAGAUUUAUUUUUAUUAGCCCCACUUGGGUAACACUGUUUGCAGCAGACUUUUUUUUAAAAACACAGUGUAAAGUCAUGAAGUUUGCAUGUAGCAAAAGAAGACUAUAACGUAAAAGAUCUCUCUAAAGUAGAGUUGUUCCGAUACUGAUACCAGUAUUGUAAAUUCCUAAGAUACUGCCUAAAAUGUGGUAUUAGGUAUCAGCGAGUACGACUGUCUGUGCACCGAUCCAAUAGCAUGUAAUGUAUUAGCCCCAAAACGGGACUCUGCUGGGAAGUAGCAGGCUACCAUUUGUAUUUUUAAGUCAUGUUGCCCUAUUUUGACUCUGACAAAGUGAGGCAGGCCAAACAAUGACAGCAAUCAUACAGGCUAAGUAGUAAAAGCUUGUUAAAAAAGAACAUAUAUAUUUCUUUUAAACGCAUGUACAAAAAGUUCAGGCAUCAGAAUCGGUAUCGUGAAGGAAAAAUUUGUAUGGGAACAUCUCUACUCUAAAGAUAUUUAACAGUAACUGAAAACAUCAUAUCCACUUGUAGUGCAUGUAGUGCUACUACCUCUAAGCAGCCUGUAAUUUGUCAUUUUAAUGCUCAUAGUCGUACAAAAUAUGUUCUUAAGAAGCGUCAGGACUGAGAGCAUGAGAUGAAUUAAAGAAUUUACCUGGAUUAACACUACAUUGGUUCCAUAAAACCAAAAAUCUGCUCAAAAAAGGCUCGUCAAAGCUCGCGCUACCACUGCUAUGCAGACAUCAGGGGCGAUACGCACCCCUUGUGGCGAGUUAGUAGCGGAUGAAGAACACUAACAGGAGUCCCAUUUAACUCUAGAAACAGUCAGUCAAAAUGCUUACAAGCCAAAAAACAGUAUUAAAAUCCCUCUGUGUGGAAGACUGUAGGGCUGCUCAAGACCAAGAUUGUAAUAUCUUUAAGGUGUUUUUUUAAUUAAGUUAAGGAGGAUAAACUUAGGUCACAGUGAAGACCUCAUUCCUAACCAAUCAAAGCCUGUUAAAAGCCGCCAGAAAUAAAGGCUACAGGCUAGUGCCACUAUGUAGAGGAGUCUUAACUUUGGGCACUAAAAAUACAAUAAAGUGUGUUUUUAGGAGCACUGGACACGUGUUCAGUAUAAUGCAAUCCAACACAAUACAAGGUUUCCCCCUGCAGACUGUGAUCAUGAUACUGUUAAUAGAUGGCAGCCUAAACUAUAACCACACUAGAUAUAUGCCCUUUGCUGUGUUGAACAGCAUAUAAAUGUGUGUUAAUUGUUGAGAACAUUAGUUCAACUUUGCUCUAAAACACUCCAGGAAACCCUGCACCGGCCUUGCUACACUUUACCUUACUAAUAUUCAGUAUUGUGUUGUAGUUUUUUGUCGUAUUGGAUUGCAUUUUAUUGUGAAGUGUUCCAGUCAUUUUGUCCACUCCAGCAUUGAAUAUAAGCUUCACAAAGGUAGUAUUUAUUCGAGAUUUGUUUUAUUGGAUUACAUUAUAUUGUACAGUUGUAGUGUUAAGAAAUGGUGCCACAUAAUUGUCAUCACAACCUGGACAUGUUCUCUCCUUAGUGUGCAGCAGAGAUUUAAGCACUUUCUACUAAUCAGUGCUGAUACAGCUCUCAGCGGCUCUGAAACAUACAUGAAAAAUAUUCAAUUUAUCAGCCAGCAACUUUCAGAGGCUGUUAAGCUGUUUUAUUCCCUUUUCUCAUUUUUCCCACUAUUGGCUCGAUACAUUCCUCACAGUUUCCUUUUUUCACAUUUAUUCAUUCAGUGGCAUCAUAAAUGUUCUUCCCACAGAAAGAUAUACAACCAGUAACCGCCUAAGCCAAGUUUUCACUCCUUAAUUACAAAUCAUCUACACUUGAUACUUUUGCUGACCAUUUUUGAAUGCAUGCAGUACAGACUUAGCCAUUCAGAUGCACUUUUCUUACCAUUUCAGGCAUCCAUUGUUUUUUCAUUUCCGAAAUCGAUGAGCAGACUCUUGAAACUUGCUUGAGUGAUGUCAUUGCUCUCUGUGAACAGUCCUUGCAUUAUCGUGGCGUAAUAAUGCGAUUUAAGUGCGGAUUAAGUUAAAGAGCCUACGCUGCAUUACCAAACACAGUGAUAAUGUAACACCAAGAGAAAUAUAAAGGACCAUACAGCAAUAUGACAUCUUUUCACAAUAUUCUCUGGUGAAUACAACAUUCAUUUAACGUGUGAAUGUGUAAAAGGCUUGAAUAUCCAUUUUUCAAUACAAUACAGCUAAUUCUGUAUUUUUUAACCUAAUUCAAAACACAGUAAACUUAAACCCCUCCAUCUCUUAAAGGUCCAGUGUGUAACAUAAUUAGGGGGCUCUAUUAGCAGAAAUGGAAUAUAAUAUUCAUGCGUGUUUGUUUUCAUUUGUGUAUAAUCACCUGAAAAUGAGAUGUUCUUAUCUACAGAGGGAGCGGAUCCUCUGACACGGAGGCCGCCAUGUAGAACCGCCAUGUUUGUAUAGUAGCCCAGGACGAAUAACUCCUUUCAAAGUCAAGACUCUGGUAAUCGAUUGCACAACAGAAGCAAGUUUCAAGAUCCUGCUAAUAGAUUCUCAUAUUGUAUGUCGUAGAUGCCUGGAGCAGUUGAAAACACAUUCAAACCUCUAAAGCAGUGCAGCAUGCUUAGCAAAAAUACUAUAACAGUGAUAUAAAAAUGUAUGUGAGUUGUUGUAAAUAGACUAAAACAUGCAAAAUCACUGGCAUAAUCCUUUAAACACACAAUCCUGGUCAGUGCCACUAAGAUAUUAGUGUGCUACCACUCUGUAGAGUUAUCAUUUCCUCUGUCUGCGGCUCCAGUUUUCCACUCUUAAAGAGUUGCAUACUAGUAACAUACUAAUUGCAGAUGCUGUGUUCUUGGUGUAUUUUGUUCUAACUGCUAAGUGCUAUCUGGUGCUCUAAUACAGAAAGGCAAUCAUCAGUAUGGGGAGCUCUUUAAUUCUCCUUGUUUAGUUAUACUAUAUAAUAAGUAUAUAAUCUGUUUUUUAUCCGCUGGGUUGUUUCUGCAGUGUGUUUAUAUUUUAUCUGAAUUCGAAGCUGUUCAUUUUAUUUUAUUUUUUUGUGAGAGCAUUUCUUUCUAACCAGCUUCCUUUUUUAUAUAUACAGGAUAUAGAGGUAAAGACUUCAUUCACAACAUCCCCGAAUAAAAAGAGCCAAGUCACCUAAUCUUUUCUAAAUUAAAGUACCAUGGGCCUGGAGCGACUUACUGUUCAUACACAUAAUGCAACACACUACCUAGCCUAUUAUUUAUCUUAGCAUGCAUGACACUUGCUAUGUAUGUUACAUAUAAUGAUGUUUUAUUAUCCUAUUUACAGAGAGUUUUGGAGGCAAUCAAACUUGUUUUGUACCUUUUUAUGCAUGUGCUUUAUAUAAAUAUAUUUCUUCUUAUUCUCACUGUAAUCAUUUUAAAGGAGUUUCUGUUUAAUAAACUUUUAAAUACACCUGGCAA